AUGGCAGAGUCAGCAGCACUUACUGCAGUCAUUAACCAAGCAGUAGAGAUAUCCGCCAAUCUAAUUGUCGGAACAAGCUCACAAUUGUAUAGAUUGAAGGAGGACAUAGAGUGGAUUGAACGACAAAUGAGACACUUCAAAUCAUGCCUCAAAGAUGCCGAGUCAAAACAAGUUGGAAGCCAUGAAGUUGCUAAUUUGAUAAUUGACAUGAAAGAUCUUGCUCUGGACAUAGAAGAUAUUUUGGAUACUUACCUUCCGGAGAUUGAAUCACAUAAGGGAAAGGGGCCAUUUCGAUUCGUUAAGCAUGCUGCUUGUAUACUAUGUUAUGGUAGCACAACCAAUACCUUUUCCCAGAAAAUUGAAAAAAUCAAGAGUCGGGCCCAAGAAAUUGAAGCCACUAGAGAAAGACGCCGUAUUAAUCUUGAUACGGAUGGAGGUAAUGCAGAUUCGGAGGUAUGGAAUCGAAGAAAAGAAUUCCUAAUUGCCACGGAGUCAAUGGUUGUCGGUCGUGAAGAUAAAUUCCAGGAACUCAAGGAAAAAUUGAGGAGCUCAAACUCAGAGUGUAAAAUGAUAUGUGUUGUAGGAGAGGCAGGUGUAGAAAUCUUGUCUCUAAGUUACAAAGAUUUACCUCCUGACUUGAGGCCUUUUUUCCUUUACUUUGGGCUGUUCCCUGAAGAUCAAAAAAUUUCUAGUCCUGAGUUGGUCAUGGCUUGGGUUUCCGAGAAAUUGAUCCAGGUUGACGGAAAUCGAAAUCCUUAUGACAUUGGGGCUGUUAAGUUAGAGAUGUUAAGUGACAGAAAUUUAAUCCAAGUGUCUGAGAGAGAUUUCGAUGGAAGAGUGCAAAGUUGUUUCAUUCAUGAUCUUCUACGCGGUCUUUGCAUCAAAAUGGCCAACGAGAACAACUUCUUUGGUACACGCCAUAAUAUACAGUCUAAUUCAUUUUCAAUGCUUCGUAGACUUACCAUUGACGACACUAGUCAAUUUUCUUUUUCAAAUUCUGCAACUCCAAAACUUCGUACCUUGUUCUGUUUUUGUAACUCAGGAGAAGGAUGGUCUUUGAUUCCUAAUGAGAUAGGAGAUCUGAGUGGGUUGACUUUCCUUAAGUUGAGUGGGAGAUUUAGAAGGAUGCCUUCAAGCAUAAGGAAUCUCAAGAAAUUGGUGACAUUGGAUAUUCAAAAAGCAUGUUUUAUUUGUGAUUUGCCAAGAACUAUUUUCAGGAUGAAGCAUUUGAAGCAUUUACUCUUAGGCAAUGGUAAAAUGUUUGAGUCUGACAAAUGCACAAAUUUGAAUGUCAGAAAUGAGGUGUAUUUACCGAACAUAGAAACUUUAUAUGGGAUGUGUGGUACCAUUUUGAAAGCUAGCUCAUUACAAAAACUUUCCAACUUGAGAGAGCUGAGUUUAUAUGACAUUAAUAACAAACACAUAAAUGUAAUAUCUGGUAAAAUACCCAUAUCGAAGAAGCUCCAAGAAUUGGAGUUGUGGUUCACUCAGAAAUUUAAGAGGUUAAACCUGUCCCACUAUGACCAUCUUGUUGAGUUGAUUCUCAGGGCUGAAUCUAAUUUUCCAUUCAAGCUUGACACCAUUGAAUUCCCUCCAAACCUUAUCUACCUUGUCCUUAUGGGGAUGAAAUUCACUGAGGAUCCAAUGAAGAUACUAAAGGAACUACCCAGAUUAGAGAUCCUUGUAUUGGAAUACUGUGAAUACGAUGUGUCAUUCACGCUGGAUUUUUCAGGAGCAAACAGCUUUUCAGAGCUUCAAGUGUUGGCAAUUUCGGGAUGUGACGAAAUUGUGGACUUGAUUGUGGAUCAAAUAGGGAUGCCAAAGCUUUACAAGUUUGUGUGCAACCAAAAAGGCAUAAAUGUUCCCGAGAGACUACGUAAAAUGAUGGUGGAGCCGUGA